GCUGAAUGUAUCUAUUAAAGACCUUAUUGGAGGGGUGGAAAGGGAGCACAGAGUAGGACCGGAUAGACCUAGUCAGAAUCUGGAGCAACCUCGUCCCAUAAUGAUAAAAUUCUUGCAUUUUCAAACCAAAACUGCCAUCUUAAGAGCCUACAGAAAAGUGGACGAGCUGAUGUUUGAAAACUCAAGGCUACUACUGUUCCAAGACUUCUCUGCGGACCUAAUGAAACGCCGCAGAGAAUUCUCACCCCUUUGCUCACAGCUUCAUAGGGAGGGUAAACAGGCCUACCUUUUGUACCCCGCUAGGCUCAAACUGGUCACCCCCAGGGGUUCCAGAUUCUUCGAGACCCCAGCCGCUGCCCAGGAAUUCUUAGACAACUAUGAACCCUUAGCGCGCAGCCCCACACACAGCCCUCAGAGACACCUGAGAGGGGAGGAGGGAUGUCUGGGAAAUUUAGAUAAAGCUAAUAAAUGUUUAGUUAAGGCUAAUUUUACCUGACUUAAUUUGCCAUAAUGGUUGAUUGGGCUUGGAUUCUGAAUUUGCCCCAAUUAUUCAUGUUACUACUGGGACCCCCCUUGGGGAAGAGCCGGAUGCUCGGCCCACCCCCAGACACAGGGUCCACGUCCGGGGCAGCCCUGAGGGGCUGUGCCGGUUGUGAUCUCACAAGGUUUUAUUACAAAUGUUACGAGUUAUUGUUUGAGGCAGCUUCUCUAGGACUGCCUCCUAUUUUUGGUGCACUUGAUGAAAAGAAUAACUGUCAUAACAUGUCAAGUUUUACUGAUCUUAUUAUAAAUGCUGUAUUAGAUUGGGUUCUGAUGACAAAUUUGAAUUUCCUUACAGCACCGCUGUUUGCAAUGUCUGUUCAAUGGGGCCUGGCUGGGUCUCGGCAUGGUGAAAGGCUGAACCGGGAGCCUCUACACACGCCGCAAAGUUCUCCUGGUCAUGGCAGUCCAACCCAGUCUGAAAGUUCCAUAAUCCCUGGAAGUCCUCCACAAUUUGAGAGUUCAUCACAGCCUGAAGAACUUUCAAAGUCAUCAAGGACACCUUUGGAAGAGGCGUGUUUCAAUUUGGCCUAUAAAAGGCCGAGUUUAGGACUAUGACGUCAGCCCUUAGGAAGUCCCUGUCAGUCAAGGGGAUGAAACGCGUGUAGACAGUCGCAGCAGCCGAUCUCUCUGAUGAGACGCUUACUUGUGGGAUUUGUCUUUUGGAUUACUCAAAGUGACUCAUUGUUUGCUUCCAACUUCAACACUUACCGUAUUGCAGCAGUUCAAGGAUUCAGCACCUCAUCAUAUUGAAAAGACUGUGAGUGCAUGAGAAAUAUACAAUAUCACAUACAGGCAGUGGAAAUGCACUUCUUCUUUCCUCCCGCACAAUAAGUGGAUGCCUGGUUUGCGCUUCUUACAGCCGGUCUGGAAGGACUAAUUAUCAGCUCUCUUUUUCUUAUGCUGUUGAGUCAUAUAAUAAUUGUAUCACACUGUUCAAAUCUGCUGGAUAAUACCUAUCUUCAAACACAUAGAUCCUAUGCUUGUAUCAUGACAGUAUUAACCCUUCCAUUCGGGACUGUCCUCUGAUUUUGGUGUUGUGUUUAAGAUUUGGUAUAUUGAAAUUGUUGUAUUUGUGUCACUUUUUGCAUAACGAUUUAACUGUGGUUUUACCUUCUACUAUGGCUUUAUGUCUAAGUGAACUGCAUAGAUCCUCAAGAUAUUAUUAUGACAACAUUACCCUUAUAUAACCAAUAACUUUGGGGUUGUCCUCUGAUAGAGGUGUUGCAGGUUCACUAUUAUAUUAAGCCACUUUAUUUGUUAUGCUUAUACAUAUGACCUAUUUUCCCAUGAGACGUCUCUCUUAGAUAUUAAGCUUCAUAUAUAUGAAUUUUCAUUUUUUUUGCUUUUUGUAAUUAAUAAACUAUUGGUGCUUUGAAUGCA